AUGGCGCCCACCUGCUGCGCGGCUCAGAUCUGCUGCUGCUGUGGCCCGGCUCCCUGCGGCGCCUCCUGCCCCUGCGGCGCCCGCCUCAAGGUGUCCACGGGCACGCGGCUCCUCUACGUGGCCUUCCACCUCUUGGCCUGUGGUGUCUGCUGCCUCGCGCUCUCCCGCACUGUGGUGGAAGCCAUCAGAGAGAACGUGCCUUUUUACGCGCUGCUCUGCGAGCCUCUCCCGGGGGGCACCAGCUGCAACCUCCUGGUGGGCUACUCGGCCGUCUACCGGGUCUGCUUCGGCACCGCCUGCUUCUACCUGGGCCAGGCCGCUUUCCUGGUCAACGUCACCUCCAGCACCAGCUUCCGGGCCCUGCUGCACAACGGGUUCUGGUUCCUAAAGCUCCUCAUCUUGGUGGGUCUGUGGGCGGCAGCCUUCUUCAUUCCCGACCAGCGAUUCAUCUAUGCCUGGCACUUGGUUGGGGUCUGCGGAGGCUUCAUCUUCAUCCUGGUGCAGCUGGUGCUGAUCACCGCCUUUGCCCACACCUGGAACAAGAACUGGCUGACCGGCGCCUCCAACGACAAGCGCUGGUGCCUGGCGGUGCUCCUGGCCACGCUGGGCUUCUACACCAUGUCCUUCACGGCUUACGCCUUCCUGUACAAGUUCUACACCCACCCUGGCGGCUGCGCCCUCAACAAGGGGCUGCUGGCGUUCAACGGCAGCCUGUGCCUCCUCCUGUCCUUUGUCUCCGUCACGCCCUGUGUCCGUCUCCGACCGUCCAGUUCCGGGCCCCUGCAGGCCUCCAUCAUCUGCUGCUACAUCAUGUACCUGACCUUCUCCGCCCUCUCCAGCCGGCCGCCAGAGAAAGUGCAGUACCAGGGACAAAACCUCACCAUUUGCUUCCCCACUAUUGGUAAGGAUGGAUUGCAGGUGGAGGAUACCAUGCUGGCUGUCCUGGGAGCUGGAGUCAUGUACGCCUGCGUCCUCUUUGCCUGCAACGAAGCGUCCCUCCUGGCGGAGACGUUUGGGCCUCUGUGGAUGAUCAAGGUCUACAGCGUGGAAUUUCAGAAACCCUCCUGCUGUUUCUGCUGCCCGGACAAAAUGGAAGAGGAGCUGGCAGCGUCUUCGGGGUCUUCGGUGGGCCAUGACGAGUCUGACCACGUCGUCUACAGCUACUCCGCCUUCCACUUUGGGUUCUUCUUGGCCUCGCUGUAUGUCAUGAUGACCCUCACCAACUGGUUCAGCUACGAGAGUGCCGAGCUGGAGGCCACCUUCGCACACGGCAGCUGGUCGACCUUCUGGGUCAAGGUGGCGUCCGGCUGGGCCUGCGUUCUGCUCUACCUCUGGCUUCUGCUGGCUCCCCUCUGCCUGCCAGACUCACACCAGCCCAGCAGCCCCGCGCAGCGCUACAUACGGAGGAAGAGGAGGCGGCGGCGGCGUGAGCUUCACCGUGUCAGCAUAGCUGCAUAGCCUCGGGCCGGAGACUCUCGCUGUUUGUGUGCCACAACCUGCUGCUGGAUUGCCCAAGGCGGCUGAUGCCCCGGGCGGGGCUGGGGAGCGACCUACCAGACGGCCUCAGCAGAGCUACCCGUGCGUGCCAAGGACACCGACAUGGCUCCCGAUCACAGCAUACCGAGGCCCCGCCAGGAUGAGCCGGCCGAGCGAGCAGGGAUGUGGCUGGCCUCGUGUGCAUGGACUACAUGUGGGGCACGGAGAGCCAGAGAUGGCGUGUGGCACCAGAGGGGUGCAGAGGUUGCAUGCGAAGCCGGCAGAGCCAAGGAGAGGAGCC